AUGUCUUCCCCUCCUGCUGUGCCUCCCGAAGACCCACAGAAGAUCUCGAUGACGACCCCGUCCAGUGGCGAGAAUACAUCUUCCACUACCGACACAUUUCCAUCAACAGAUACCACCCAACAACAGUCCUAUGCAGAAAAUGAAGGAGGCCAUAUCUUCCCGGAAGCAGUGCCGAAUCACAACAACGAUACCAAACUCGGCUUGCUAGGUGUCGGCGACGACUCCGAGAAAAUCGUGCACCGAACUUCCCAGACCUAUCCUGAAGUCAGCUACUCGGAGUUCAGCCAUAAAGGCUCUCUCCCCCAACAUUACGAAGCCAACAACAACUAUCCACAGCCCUACAAUGAGAACGCACCGGAAGUGGUCCACCGAGAUAGCUCGCCUCCAUAUGCAGUAGAGGAGAAGAAGCCAGCGAAGACCAUCUGCGGCAUACGAGCAUUGUGGUUUUGGGUGAUCCUCGCUAUCAUUAUCAUCAUCGUCAUCAUUGCCGCCGUUGUCGGUGGAGUCGUCGGGUCACGAUCGUCGAAAAGCAGUCCGUCAACGACCUUCCUACCAACAGCGGCUCUCGCAGCAGUCAACUACACCUCGGGAGACGGCGUAUCACACUACCGCGUGUACUUCCAAGCCAAGUCGAAUGCGCUUUAUCAGUCCGCAUGGAACUCCAGCAGUCAAGAAUGGCUUGUGUCACCGCUCAACCCCGGGAAUGCUGCAGGGCCGGAGAUUAAGCCCGGCACCCCACUGGCUGCGUACACCUUGGGGGAUGGGGUCCAUACCACAGUAGAGUUCCACGUCUUCUUCCUCGACAACGAAAACAAAAUCUGGGAGCGCGGAACCAAAGACCCCUCCGACAUGUGGGGCACGCAGACCGACAACGCGAUGAACGGGACCCUCUUCGCUGGCAACGACUCGAAGCUCGCGGCGUACGGCCAACAGUGCAACAACUUCUGCGCGCAGACCUCGAUAAUGACGUAUCAAAACUACAACUACAGUCUCUGGUGGGCGGCAUACAUUCAGAACUACGGCUGGUACGCGCAGGCGGUGAAUGCGGAUCAGAACCACACGCUGGUCCAGGGAAGCAGCAUGUCCUUGUCGCCGAUAUGGACGAACGAUACCAGCACGGUGGUGAUGUAUGCCAACACGGGGAACCUGACGCGGUUCCGUUGGAAUCAGCUCACUGCCUGGGAGAAGUCGUGGUCUUAUAACCUCACAUUUGAGGGAGAAAUCGCGACGAACGCCGAAAUCGCCAGCUUUUCGCUAGGAUACACUGGAAACAACGACUCGAUGACAGAUAUCGAGGUUAUGGUGAAUGAACCUGGGACAUCCGGGGGAGUUAGUGUGUGGGAUUCCAACUUUUCGAGAUCGACGCUCUCCGCCAACACCGUCGCUGCAUCGGCGUUUCCCUCCGAUUUCAACAUUUCGAGUAUAGCGGCAUCUGCUGGUGGGAGAGUGUAUGCUAUCGAAGAGGGGGAAAUCGUUGAGUGGGAAUGGCAGCAUGACAAUCGGACUUUCACAAGAAUUGGGACGGUGAAUACGGACAUUACGACAUAG